AUCCAUAUUUUGACAUCCAUAUAGAAGUUUACAAUUCCAAAUCUCCCGAAAUAUUAAAAAUGGAGUCAUCACGCAAGUUCUUCCCUACCGUUGUCCUCUUCCUCCUGCUCGUUGUGGCCACCGAGGUGGCGCCAACUGCGGCGAGGGAGUGCGAGACGGAGAGCACCAAGUUCGAGGGGCUAUGCAUAAUGCACUCACACUGCCCUGAUGUGUGCGUCACGGAGGGAUUCACUGGUGGCAAGUGCUCUACUUGGAAGCGGAAGUGCAUGUGCACUAAGGAAUGCUAGAUCCUCUAUGUAUUACUCCUGGAUGGCGACCAAACUGAUCAUGGAUCAGGUCGUUCUUCGCAAAUCGCAAUAGUUCUUUGACAUAUAGCUCUACUGAAUUUCUGGUCCAUCACGCCUCACCAGUUAAGCGAUAUGUGGUCCGUGCAUGAAACCGAUAUAUGUGGUCCGUGCAUGAAACUGAUAUGUGGUCCAUGCAAGUGUUCAUUGGAUCACGUUUAUUUAUAUCUUGGUUUUUCCUUUUUUAUGGGUUAUUAUCUUUAUAUUGUUGAGCCCGAUCAAUUUGAUUUCUACUUGUGUUUAAUGCAUUUAAUAGAAUUUAUAAUAGUGUCAAUUACAUUUCUA